GAGAGCAUGUGGAUAGCUCGGCAUGGGCGAAGUGGAGCGUAGCGGCUGCCCGGAGAGCGUGGCGAAGAUGCAGCCUCUUCUGCGGGAUCUACUGCCCCGGGUGGCGUUUGUCCUCCUGCUCCUGCGCACGGUUUGCGGCCACGAGCCCGACUGCCCGCUGGCCUGCGAGUGCCCAGCCCAGCCGCCUCCCUGCGCCCCCGGCGUGCCCACGGUCCUGGACGGCUGCGCCUGUUGCCUGGUUUGCGCCCGGCAGCGGGGAGAGACCUGCUCCGAGCUGCUGCCCUGCCAGGAGAGUCGAGGCCUCUACUGCGAUCGCAGCGCCGGGAGCGCCAAGGACCUGGGCGUGUGCAUGGACCUGGAUGGCGACAACUGCGUGUUCGAUGGGAUGAUUUACCGGAGUGGGGAGAUGUUCCAGCCAAACUGCAAAUACCACUGUACGUGCAGGGAUGGACAGAUAGGCUGUGUCCCGCGUUGUAACCUGGACGUCUUGCUUCCUGGCCCGGAAUGUCCCUUCCCGAGGAAAAUUGAAGUCCCCACAGAGUGCUGUGAGCAGUGGACUUGCGACUCUAAAGAAGAGGUGGACUUGGGAGGCCUGGUGAUGGCAGCCUACAGGCCGGAAGCCACUCUGGGCAAUGACGGGUCUGAUUCGGGCUCUAACUGCAUUGAGCAGACGACGGAAUGGAGCGCCUGUUCCAUGACAUGCGGGAUGGGCAUCUCCACUCGCGUCACCAACAAGAAUCCGACGUGCGAGAUGGUGAAGCAGACCAGGCUGUGCGAAGUGCGGCCCUGUGAAAACGGCCUGCUGCCAGAAAAGAAGGGCAAGAAGUGCAUCCGAACCAAGAAAUCCCUCACAGCCAUCCGCUUGGAGUACAAGAACUGCACCAGUGUCCAGAUGUACAAGCCCCGUUACUGCGGCGUCUGCAGCGAUGGACGGUGUUGCACUCCUCACAGCACAAAAACCAUUCACCUCGAUUUCCGCUGUCCGCACGGAGGCACUGUCAAGCAUCCUGUAAUGGCGAUCACGACCUGCGUUUGCCAUGGCAACUGUCCUCGAGAUGACAACGCUUUCUUCAGGAAGCUACACUGAGGAGGGGCCAAAUGGAAACUGGAACUUGAAAAUAACUUCCGGGGGGGAUGGGAUAUUUAAAUUUUAAAAGCUUUGGUUUUAUGUAAUGUGCUGGAGUGAGUAAUACUGUUGCCCAUUUCCUUCUAAUGCUUGGUUCUUUUGUGGUGUGGCGGAGACCCCAUUCCGCUUCAAUGGAAAUGACCCAGUUCAGUACCUGUGGAGUUCCUUGAAAUCAUUUCUCCUGCAUAGCCAGGCAUCUUUCUGCAUAAACAUAUUACCAUUGCUGGGCACAGUGGGGGACAGGGGGAGAAUAUAGUGAUUCAUUGUGGGUUUUGAGGAAUAAGAUUCCUAGAAACUGCAGGCGCUAGAAAUUCCUGCAUGUACCAGUUUAUCUCUGCUCAGAAUUCCACAUUUUUCUGGUUACUGUUGGAGUCAGAUCGUUAUAAAUGCCACGGGCAUGUGGUUUUCUUUUCCUCCUGCCGUAUCAUCACCCUAGAUACCCACAAAGAAGAGUUAAGCACAAGAUAUGGGGGUGGAGCGACAGGACCAAGGCUUUUUUUUUGUAGCAGGAACUCCUUUGCAUAUUAGGCCACACACCCUGAUGUAGCUUAUAGGGCCUACUGUAAGCUCCAGGAGGAUUGGCUACAUCAGGGGUGUGUGGCCUAAUAUGCAAAGGAGUUCCUGCUACAAAAAAGGGCCCUGAACAGGACUGUGCUCUUAAGUCUGGUAGAAAGCUAACUUUGGCAGGUUUCCUCAGGAUCUGAUUCUUCAUGGUAGGAAUCCAAAAAGUAGUUCCCAGAAAGAACAAAACUCAACAAGUGCAUCAGCAGUAAGAAUCAUAUCGGCCUGCCAAAUACUUACCUAUUCCUUAUUCCCUUCUCUGGGCAGUAGUCAUUACCCAUAUAGCUUUACCCAUAUUCCCCUUUCCACUCCUGUGUUGUUCUUUCUCUUCUGGCCACGGGAUGGCGCCAGUAUUGUGGAGUAGGUGGUAAGGCUUAAAUUAUAGCGUUGCCAACUUCCAGGUGGUGGGUGGAGAUCAGUUCACCUGGAGAAAACUGGCACAUUGGAAGGGGGACUCUGGGUUUUACGCCCCAUUGAAGUCCCCCCUUCCCAAACCCCAUCUUCCUCAGGCUCCAUCCCCAAAAUCUCCAGGUAUUUCCUCACCCAGAACUGGCAGCGCUAAGUAUGGUGCCAUUUUGAAGAUAUUUUGGUCGAUGGGAGAAGGAAUGUUGGUGAUGGUGAGAUCCUGCUCUACCUUUUCAUCCUCUCCUGCAACUUAAAAUGAUCAGUUGCCCUGAUAGGGUCAGUUAAAACAUUUAGGACUGCUUAGCCUAGAAGAAAGGUGACAUCAAGAGUUGUAAAAUUAUGCAGAGAAAAACACUUAUCCCUCCCCCAUAAGACUAGAACCCAGGGUCAUUCGCUGAAGAGUAGGAGAUUCAGGUCAGACAAAAGGAAGUAUUUCCUCAAACAGCAUAUUGUUAAUUUGUGGAACUCACUGCCACAAGAUGUGGUGAUAGCUGCCAAUCUGGUAGGCUUGGGGAGGGGACAAGUUAAUGGGUUACUGGGCUAUCAAUGGCUACUAAUCAUGAUGGAUAUCUGCUCCCUCUAGUAUCAAAGGUAGUAUGCCUCUUUAAACCAGUUGUUGAGGAACACAGGCGGGAUGAUGCUGUUGUGGGCUUUCAGGAUGCUGCUGUUGUGGCUGAUGUGUGAACAGAAUGCUGGGCUAGAUGGACCUUUGGUCUGAUCCAGCAGUGCUCUUCUCGUGUUUCCUUAAGCCAGCUCUGAAAAUUUGAGGCCAACCCGAAACAUGGUUACAUUUCCCAGUUGAUCUUGGCAUGUUGAUCUGGUUUUGUGACUGCUUCGUUGUGACCCAACCACAUUCAAAAUCAGGUUGGAACAGGAGUUGGACGAACCCUAUAUGUGCUGCAGUGGUCAACUUGCCGAGGCUGACUCGUGGACUUGUCUUGUGAAUUAAGCUAUUUGAAGCAUGAAUCCUCUAGAUCUUUCCACGGGGCGUUUCAACUCAAACUUGGCUGCUGAUGCCCCAGUUGCUGAACUACUGGCAGUCACUUUGUGUUGAACUGUGAAGCAUGCGGAUUGGACUGUGUCAUGGGUGAGAAAGCAAACUUGUAAAAAUCUCUUCGGUGUAGGUCUACGUUUUAUGGAAAUGGCAAUGUAAAUAGAAAGCAUACGUAGUGUGACCUUAUUUUUCUCAAAAGCUCAACCAUUACUGAUUAAAAUGUUCUUUUAACUUGUGACCAGA